CUCUGCUUUGCAACAUUUCCCAGCACACCGGUGCAGUGACAGGGGGAUGGAGUAGCGUGAAAAGAAGGAAGGCAUGGAUCCCAGUGAAGAAAAAACAAGUCAAACUGUUGACAUUUAUCGCGAUACAUGGGUUCGCUUCCUGGGUUACGCCAAUGAGGUUGGCGAAGCUUUCCGUGCUCUGGUGCCCAAGAGUGCGGUGUUGGGCAGCUACGCCGUGGCCACUGUGUACGUCACCGCUGAUGCUGUGGACAAGGGGAAGAAAGCAGCCGUGGCCCACGGGGACAACCCGGGGAAGACGACACGGGUAGCGGUGGCUGUUGUGGACACGUUCGUGUGGCAGGCCCUCGCCUCUGUGAUAAUCCCGGGCUUCACCAUUAACCGGGUGUGUGCUGCGUCACUGUACAUGCUGAAGAAAAGCACCAAGUGGCCCCUGCCUGUGCGCAAGUGGACCACCACAGCUAUAGGCCUCUCUACCAUCCCCUUCAUCAUCACUCCUAUUGACAGGUCGGUGGAUUACCUGCUGGAUUCGAGCCUUCGGAAGAUCUACAACGAUGAGGAGAAGCACAAAUAAAAAGGGACCAUGCAGGGCGAAUUGUCCCUCCAUAGCAGAGACCAGCGCAGUCUAAAUCGACCUGUGAUGACUAACCAAUGCUGUGAUGCACUAAGGAAACUUGAAGAAGGAUUUCAUGGAGUGUGACUCUACUGUUAGUAAAAAAAAAAAAAGAUUAAGUUAAAGUUAAAUGAUUCUAUACGUGAGUUAAGAUGUUGGAAGUGAGAUCUGUCAUCCCUGAGGAUUGUUAACCUUAACCUCACAGGGCAAUAAAGAAGUGACUAAGAGUUCUUAACAGGAAUGACAAGUAUUCAUAUUCCAUGUAACAGAAUGAAACCUGCUCUUUGAAAUACCUCGGCAGGGAUACAGAGUGCUGUCAUCCUCCUCACAGAUGACCCCCCCCCCCCCCCCCCCCCCCCCCUUUUGUUGCUCUGUUUGUUUUGAGUUUAUGUGGACUGUUGCUACCUCAGGUCCACAUUAAGGGAGCGUUAACUCAAACCCACUCCUUUUGUGUUUCUUAGCCAUCAGAGGUGCUGUCACUAUAAAGCCAUUAUGUCCUCCUCAUCAAUGACUCACCUAAAAUGUCUCUCACUAUUUUUCUUCUUUAACUAAAUGUCUGUUACUUGGAACAAAUGUCUCAAGAGAUGCACUUUUUCCAUUGUUUCACUCUACUGUAUGGUUUUUACAUGGGAGCUAAGGAUAUGUCACACUAUGGUUACAAUGUAUUUUUUUUUAUUCUAUAUGGUUUAUGGUUCUGUAACACUCGGUCAGUGAAUCUCACAAGUAUUUCGAAUAUUUCUUACUUUCAUCUAAACUUCAUUCUUUGGUCUGAAAAUGUUAAAUAUUCUAGUUAUAACUCUUUGAAACUGUCUUCCAUGCUUCAGAAGACCAGCUGUUCUGACUCUGUUUAGCUUCAGAUAAAUCUAUGGUAGCUUUAAUUACAAUGCAAAAAUAUAUAUAUAGCCGACAUUAUUCAUGACAUCAAACUUGGAAGUUUGGUUGUAAAAUUUUAACUUGUAAAAAGUUAACUUAUGGAGUUCAAUGUGAUACCUAUACAGAAAAAGGGAUUUAUUUUUUAAACAUGCAUAAAAUACUGUGUGUUUAUAUUCUUUGAGGAGCCAUAUUAUAAACUGUAUCUCAUGCUGAACUAUGCAAGGGAAACAAGCUGUGGAAACGUGAGCUUUAAAACUAAAGGGAUAGAUCACUCACGUUAAAAAUAAGAUAUGUCAUAGAAUAACCAAAUCUUGUGAUGUCAGGAGGGAAAUGUGAUGCAAAUACACUUUGGAGUUUGGAUGAGCUGUCACAGAGAUAAAGAGGUACACACUCUAUAGGGAAUCAAUUUUGUCGUCUAUUAUUAUGUCUGUAUACACAAAUGUACCAUUUCAGCGUAUGUAUGUCACACUAUAUCUACUGUGAAGUCGUUCACUGUGUCAUGCUGGGGGAAAGAGUGUGAGAAUAUGGAGAGCACCAACAUGUUUUUACUUUAUAAUGAAAACUAAUGAGACCUAUUCUUUAUUGGCUCUUUCAUUGAUGGUAUUACACCUGUUUCAGGCCCCAGUGUAUGCACAAAGUGACGUGUUCUUUCACUAAAGCACAAAGCCUACAAGGUUUCAGACCUUUGUCAUGUCAGACUAGAUGUAUGGGGGGAAAAAGGUGCCAAUGUUCAAAAUAAACAAUGUUUGUUUUGGUGGUCAGUAAAACAUGGCAGUGAUUUAUGGCCCUUGAACUUAAUGUUAUACUACUGGUACCAUGCCUAAAAAGUUGACCAUGGAAAAAAAAAGCAUAUUGGUGUAACCUUAGUGGAAAAUCUCUAUAUUCAUAUUCAAUUUUAACAUUUCAUAUAGUACAUAGAAACUCAGUGUAUUUUUUAUUGUAGUGUACUGCAAAUGUAAAAGACUGGUCUGCUUUUCUAGACAUUUAUGAUGCAUUUUGUUUGUGCCAGCAUGUUCCGAUGGAGGUUCUAUGAGUCACAGUUUCGGCCUUAAUUCAGGGGUAAAAGAAAACUUAGUUGCAAGGUAAAGAUUAUUUUUCAAAUGUGAAUGCUACCAUUUGAAGUUGAGGCUCCAUUUGUUACAAUGGACACGUCUUCAGCAGUCUUCAUGUUCUGUUAAACAUCUGAAACACUGUAAAAAAAAUAUCUGUAGAGCAAUAAAUUAUGCAACAAGCGA